UCAUGCGCAGUCAAAAGAGGCAACUUCCUGUUGUUGGUACAGUGUUGUUUGACAGUGGUGGUGAACAGGUAGAAGCACACCUACAACCAUCUCGGGGGGAUACUAUACAGGGGAUUAAUCCCUUUGCGAACGUGUGACCCCCCCACCCCCAAACAAGUGUUACGUUCCGGAUAAACUGAGUUGAGGCUUUCACUGCAAAAUGGAUGAUGAUGAUUUUGGAGGAUUUGAGGCUGCCGAAACUUUUGAGAAUGGAGAAAUGGGAGCAGAGGUGGUGUCUCCCACAAUUCCUUGGGCAGCAUUCCCCGGAGUUGUACCAAUACCUCAAAGCAUUUCUCCAGAUUUCUUGUUGGAGCAGAGUUCUGUAGCCACUGGUGUGGUAACUGAGAAUAUGCCCUGUAUAUCUGAAGAUAAUCCUGCAACUGUGAUAGCCUCUGUGUCAGCAGAAUGUCCAAUGGAGGAUCAUGUUAUAAUACAAAAUCAGGUUCAGAAUCUGUCUUUACAACUUCCAGUAGAUACUUCGGUUGUGUCUCUCAGCUCAUGUGAAGAAAAACAUUCUGCAAAUGAAGAUAAAACUCUUGUGACUACAGUUGAGCAACCCAUAGAAAGUGAGUCAGAACAGCAGCUUAAACAAGCUCUGAGAAGUCUAGAAGACAAACUUUCAGCCUCUGAAAAUGAGAAAUUCCAAAUUACAAAGGAUUUAGAGGACAUGCUAAUAAAACAUUCGAAGUUAGAAGAUGAUUUUAUAAAGGAAAAGGAAGAAGCGGCAUCUACACACCAUGACCACUAUAGUCAUCUUCAGGAAAAGCAUAUGCAAGAGUUAGAAGAAAUGAGGAAAGCUGGGCAUGAAGCAUUAAGUAUUAUUGUUGAAGAAUUUAAGGCUUUGACAAAAUCAGCAGUUUUACAGCAACAGGAAGCUAGUGAAAAGCACCUCGUUGCUGCAGUUGCAAGGCAGAGCCAGAAAUGUGAAGAGCUGCUUUGUGCUCAGCAUCAGAGGCUUCUUGAUAUGUUGGAUCAAGAAAAGAAAGCUUUGGAAGAACAAAUAAAAGGUGCUUUAGUAGAGCAAACACAGCACCAUAAGGAAGAGUUAGAAAAGUGUAUAACUGAAGAACGGCAACGAAACAGUGAAGCUAUGAAAAAGGCUAUCAAGUUAGAAAAAGAAAAGAUUAAAGAAGCCAUUUCAAAGGCAGUGGAGGAGCAGAAAGAGAACAUGUUGAAACACUAUGAAGAGCAGGAAAAAUUACAGAAGUUGGAGCUCUCCAGAGACCAGGAAAGAGCAUCUUUAGUUGUCCAGCAAGCACUGCAAGAUGAGCGGCGGAAGAGCCAAGAAGCAAUUAAGCUAGCAGUAGCAGAAGAACAAAGAAAAUGUGAAAUAGCUAUAGAAGAGGCUGUGAAGAAAGCCAGAGAGGAGUUGAUGGACUACAUAAAGGAACAAAAAAGGGCUGAACACGUCAUUCGUCAGAGGAACCUAUCCAGUUUGGAGCUCUUCCUCUCCUGUGCACAGCAGCAGUUGUCAGCACUAAUGGAGGACAGACCAGUGACAACAGAGAACAAAAAAUGAAUGAUUGAUAACUUGAUUCUUGGAUUUUUGAAAUAACCCUGCAUGGGUGUGGGUGUGGGUGUGUCAUAAUUUUUGUAGCAUAUAUUCUUUUAUGACUACAUUUCCUUGCUGAGCUACAGUCUAUAAUCUUUGGUCUCUGACAAUGUGAUCUUAUCUCUACAUGCAGAAACACUAUGAAUACUCUGGAGAUCAGAUUGGACUAUAACAGUAGAGCUUAUAAAACAGUGAUAAUGUAUGACAUAAUACUUCCUUACCAGCUUUGGUACCCAGUGUUGUGCCACCAGUUGUCUCCAUCUCUUGUCUUUACUAUGUUGUUUAUUAGUGUAGUAAGGGAAAUUCAGAGUAGACCAUUGAUGGACUGAUGUACCAUCCAUGAUUAGGUUCUCUGUCUUGGACCUGUUUGCAGGGAUAUACUCCAGCCAUCCUUUGAACCUGAACAGGAUAAUGAUGGACUGAAAGUUUAUCCUUUUGCCAUGUUAAUAAGUUGUGGUUAAUAAACAUUUUGCAUAUCA